UGCCACUCCCGGGAGCAUGAAGGACCGAACCCAGGAGCUCCGCACGGCCAAGGACAGCGACGAUGAUGAUGAUGUCACAGUCACCGUGGACCGAGACCGCUUCAUGGAUGAGUUCUUCGAGCAGGUGGAGGAGAUCAGGGGCUUCAUCGACAAGAUUGCAGAGAAUGUGGAGGAGGUGAAGCGGAAGCACAGUGCCAUCCUGGCCUCACCCAACCCUGACGAGAAGACCAAGGAGGAGCUGGAGGAGCUCAUGUCCGACAUCAAGAAGACGGCAAACAAAGUUCGUUCCAAGUUGAAGAGCAUCGAGCAGAGCAUCGAGCAGGAGGAGGGCCUGAACCGCUCCUCCGCAGACCUGAGGAUCCGGAAGACACAGCACUCCACGCUGUCCCGAAAGUUUGUGGAGGUCAUGUCCGAGUACAACGCCACGCAGUCUGACUACCGUGAGCGCUGCAAGGGACGCAUCCAGAGGCAGCUGGAGAUCACCGGCAGGACCACGACCAGUGAGGAAUUGGAGGACAUGCUGGAGAGUGGGAACCCCGCGAUCUUUGCCUCUGGGAUCAUCAUGGACUCCAGCAUCUCGAAGCAGGCUCUGAGCGAGAUUGAGACCCGGCACAGCGAGAUCAUCAAGCUGGAGAACAGCAUCCGUGAGCUACAUGACAUGUUCAUGGACAUGGCCAUGCUCGUUGAGAGCCAGGGGGAGAUGAUUGACAGGAUCGAGUACAAUGUGGAGCACGCAGUGGACUACGUGGAGAGGGCCGUUUCUGACACCAAGAAGGCUGUCAAGUACCAGAGCAAGGCGCGCCGGAAGAAAAUCAUGAUCAUCAUCUGCUGCGUGAUCCUGGGCAUCGUCAUUGCCUCUACCUUUGGAGGCAUCUUCGGAUAGAAACUACCCACCUGCCGCUGCACUCUGGACGGUCCAUCCCGAGGAGCCCUGGCUGCUGCUGCCUGGCUGGGUCGCCCUCCCACCCCGCCUCCUGGCUCAGACGCCCCCACCCCACCCCAUACUGCCCCUCUCUGCCCUGGGCUUCCCUCUCCUGACUCUGCCCUGAGCCGUGUUGUGUGCAUGAUUUGUGACAGUGUGUGUCUGUAGAGGAGGCAGAGGGGAGCAGGGCAUGGAAGAAUGGGGGGCUAGGGAUGGAUCCAUGCGGAGAAGACCCAGGUCUUACCCAGCUUGCUCCACCUUGACCAGGCAGGGCUGGCAGCUGGCACAUACUGCCCUGGCUUGGGAUCUGGGCUGCUUCCAGAUCCCCACCUGGCUUCCACCUCACCUGCCCAUCUUCUCUAUCCUUUGGCCUCUCCAGCUGUUCCCCCAAGCCGAGCCCCCUGAAGGGUGGGGACCAGCUGACCACAUGGUGCUGCUUUCUGGGUUAGGGGAGGGUGCCCCUGAGGGAUAGCCCAGCACUAAGCCUCUAUUAGCUGACCACUGCCAGGAGGCUCAGGGUGCCAUGGCUGCUGGCUCGCCAAGAUCAGGCUCCCUCUCCUACCUGGGGCAAAGCCUAGCAGGUCCUCGGCCUCAGCCUCCCUUUGCACAGCCCUCAGCCCCAGGAGCAAUUUCUUUGGGGUAGGCAGGACCCCAGGUAACCCACUGGAAGAUGGGACCCCAGAAGAGGCUGGCUGGCUCCUGCCCAGGUGCAGGUGACCCUUGGCGCUGGGAAGGCAGAACAGGCUCCAUCAGGCCUUUCCCCAUGAAGGCUGCAGCUUGGGUCAGCCACUGUCCCAACAGGCCUCAUCAGUUGGGACCUUAAGCCAGCACUGCAUGUUGGGGACAAUGGUCCCGGCUCUUCCAUGCUCCCAGAAGCCAGAUGUCACUCAGGCAGGCCUGCAGUCUCAUCCUGCCCUUGCUGUCCCCCACUGAUGUGCCACAUGGUGUCAGUGUCCCUGAUGCAGUAUUCAGCAGCCAGUCGCGGAGGGCUCCCUCCCUCCCCUGCCAUCUUGGGGCUUCAGGUCAGAGCGUGCCCCCCCCAGACCCCUGCCUUGUGGACAGGCAGGGAGUGUGCAUGCGAGUGCAUGCAGCAGGGCGGGGCUGUGCAGAGUGCCCUGCAUCCGUCGGCUUUGCUCCCGCCCAGUGACUGUGACCACUGUCCGUGUUGCCUUCUUGAACUGCGGCUUCUCCUCCACCCCUUCACCAAAGGUCUUGGUACAACCAGCUGCCCAUUUUGUGGAAUUUUUAUGUAGAAUAAAUAUUUGUAUCUGUA